CUUUGGCUUAGUUAAGUCCGCCCUAAGAUGUCACUAAGCUCCGCCCUGCGCGUGCACGGAGCACUAUAAAAGCCAGUCCCGAGGACGCGCUGUGGAGGCGGUUGCCUGGUCGUGCAGUAUGGCUGCCCUGGAUACAGUGGCUGAGGUCCUCAUAGACCCCGACGGCAUUUUCAAGUACAUCCUGGUGAGGGUGAAGGAGCCCGCGAGUGAGCAGCACCGUGACAUUGUGAGGGGAACCAGCAGCGCUGAGUAUCACAGUAAGCGCCCUCUGCCAGGCUCUGGGCGGGGUCUGCUUCACCUGCCGGAGUUACGCAGUGACGUCACCACGCCUUGUCUAUAAAUAGUGUGAGCAUGUGCUGGCCGUGUAUGGAGGGCCCACAGUGUGAGCCACACCUUCUAUGGAGAGAGUGCUCUUAGGGGCCCACAGUGUGAGCCACACCUUCUAUGGAGAGAGUGCUCCUAGGGGCCCACAGUGUGAGCCAAACCUUCUAUGGAGAGAGUGCUCCUAGGGGCCCACAGUGAGCCAAACCUUCUAUGAGAGAGUGCUCCUAGGGGCCCACAGUGAGCCAAACCUUCUAUGGAGAGAGUGCUCCAAGGGGCCCACAGUGUUAGCCAAACCUUCUAUGGAGAGAGUGCUCCUAGGGGCCCACAGUGUGAGCCAAACCUUCUAUGGAGAGAGUGCUCCUAGGGGCCCACAGUGUGAGCCAAACCUUCUAUGGAGAGAGUGCUCCUAGGGGCCCACAGUGUGAGCCAAACCUUCUAUGGAGAGAGUGCUCCUAGGGGCCCACAGUGUGAGCCAAACCUUCUAUGGAGAGAGGGGCCCACAGUGUGAGCUAAACCUUCUAUGGAGAGAGUGCCCUAGGGGCCCACAGUGUGAGCCAAACCUUCUAUGGAGAGAGUGCUCCUAGGGGCCCACAGUGUGAGCCAAACCUUCUAUGGAGAGAGUGCUCAGGGGCCCACAGUGUGAGCCACACCUUCUAUGGAGAGAGAGCUCCUAGGGGCCCACAGUGAGCCAACCCCUCUAUGGAGAGAGUGCUCCUAGGGGCCCACAGCGUGAGCCACACCUUCUAUGGAGAGAGUGCUCCUAGGGGCCCACAGCGUGAGCCACACCUUCUAUGGAGAGAGUGCUCCUAGGGGCCCAGAGCGUGAGCCACACCUUCUAUGGAGAGAGUGCUCCUAGGGGCCCACAGCGUGAGCCACACCUUCUAUGGAGAGAGUGCUCCUAGGGGCCCACAGUGAGCCACCUUCUAUGGAGAGAGUGCUCCUAGGGGCCCACAGUGUGAGCCAAACCUUCUAUGGAGAGAGUGCUCCUAGGGGCCCACAGUGUGAGCCACACCUUCUAUGGAGAGAGUGCUCCUAGGGGCCCACAGUGUGAGCCACUCCUUCUAUGGAGAGAGUGCUCCUAGGGGCCCACAGUGAGCCAAACCUUCUAUGAGAGAGUGCUCCUAGGGGCCCACAGUGAGCCAAACCUUCUAUGGAGAGAGUGCUCCUAGGGGCCCACAGUGUUAGCCAAACCUUCUAUGGAGAGAGUGCUCCUAGGGGCCCACAGUGUGAGCCAAACCUUCUAUGGAGAGAGUGCUCCUAGGGGCCCACAGUGUGAGCCAAACCUUCUAUGGAGAGAGUGCUCCUGAGGGAGAGAGGCCCCUAGGGGCCCCACAGUGUGAGCCAUGAGACCUAGGGGUCACCAGGAGAGAGUGCUACAGUGUGAGCCUUCUAUGGAGAGAGUGCCACAGUGUAGGGGCCCACAGUGUGAGCCACCUUCUAUGGAGAGAGGGGCCCACAGCUGAGCCUUUCUAUGGAGAGAGUGCCCAGGGGCCCAGUGGAGAGAGUGAGGGGCCACAGUGUGAGCCAACCUUCUAUGGAGAGAGUGCUCCUAGGGGCCCACAGUGAGCCACACCUUCUAUGGAGAGAGUGCUCCUAGGGGCCCACAGUGAGCCAAACCUUCUAUGGAGAGAGUGCUCCUAGGGGCCCACAGUGUGAGCCACACCUUCUAUGGAGAGAGUGCUCCUAGGGGCCCACAGUGUGAGCCAAACCUUCUAUGGAGAGAGUGCUCCUAGGGGCCCACAGUGAGCCAAACCUUCUAUGAGAGAGUGCUCCUAGGGGCCCACAGUGUUAGCCAAACCUUCUAUGGAGAGAGUGCUCCUAGGGGCCCACAGUGUGAGCCAAACCUUCUAUGGAGAGAGUGCUCCUAGGGGCCCACAGUGUGAGCCACACCUUCUAUGGAGAGAGUGCUCCUAGGGGCCCACAGUGUGAGCCAAACCUUCUAUGGAGAGAGUGCUCCUAGGGGCCCACAGUGUGAGCCAAACCUUCUAUGGAGAGAGUGCUCCUAGGGGCCCACAGUGUGAGCCAAACCUUCUAUGGAGAGAGUGCUCCUAGGGGCCCACAGUGUGAGCCAAACCUUCUAUGGAGAGAGUGCUCCUAGGGGCCCACAGUGUGAGCCACACCUUCUAUGGAGAGAGUGCUCCUAGGGGCCCACAGUGUGAGCCACACCUUCUAUGGAGAGAGUGCUCCUAGGGGCCCACAGUGUGAGCCACUCCUUCUAUGGAGAGAGUGCUCCUAGGGGCCCACAGUGAGCCAAACCUUCUAUGGAGAGAGUGCUCCUAGGGGCCCACAGUGAGCCAAACCUUCUAUGGAGAGAGUGCUCCUAGGGGCCCACAGUGUGAGCCAAACCUUCUAUGGAGAGAGUGCUCCUAGGGGCCCACAGUGUGAGCCAAACCUUCUAUGGAGAGAGUGCUCCUAGGGGCCCACAGUGUGAGCCAAACCUUCUAUGGAGAGAGUGCUCCUAGGGGCCCACAGUGUGAGCCAAACCUUCUAUGGAGAGAGUGCUCCUAGGGGCCCACAGUGUGAGCCACACCUUCUAUGGAGAGAGUGCUCCUAGGGGCCCACAGUGUGAGCCACACCUUCUAUGGAGAGAGUGCUCCUAGGGGCCCACAGUGUGAGCCACACCUUCUAUGGAGAGAGUGCCCCUAGGGGCCCUCAGUGUGAGCCAAACCUUCUAUGGAGAGAGUGCUCCCAGGGGCCCACAGUGUGAGCUGUGUUCAUCCCCCUAGGGGCCCCCCUCCCUGCUGUAACAAUGUAUGGAGAGGGGUUUCUAACAAGUCUGGGAGAGCUGCUCUUACCAUGUAUAAAUAGUAAAUACAAUGGGGUUAAGAGAAAUGGCUUAUGCUAUUUUUAAAAUUCCUUUUUUUUUCACUCAGAUCAUAUAUUUGAAAAAAUAAAUCCUGAUCUACAAGCGGCAGGUUUUGAAUGUACAGUUCUUGGAGGAGGAAAAAUUGAACAUAAUAGUAAAGAGAAAAAAAUCCGUGUGUUUGGCGAAUCUACGGUAGGUUUGAGUCAUGUUGUUUGUUUUGUAGAUAAUUUUACUCCUCUCUGUUCCAGUUAUUGCAUAAAUUGUAUACUAUAAAAGGUGAUUUUCUGUAGAGAACUCUCCCGGUUAUUCAUUAAAGUGAGAUUUGUCAGACAUAAAAAGAAAAUUUCAAGUUUAACCCCUUCAUUACCAAGCGGUUUGCAAAACAACCACCUCUAGAAGUAUUUUGGGUGUCCUAGAAAGUAACACGAUGUUGAAGUUGGCUUCUUAUUUGGUGAUAGAUCGCUUCUUAUUUGUAAUAAAUGUUAACUCGCAAGUUGGAAUAAACUUGGAAUUAAUAAUAAUUUAAAAUAAUAACUUAAAAACAGAGUGUAAAAUCAGAGUCCACACUCCUUGCUUUCGGCAAUUCAAUAAUAUUUAUUAAAAGACUAAUCAAACAAAUAAACAAUACAUAUGCAUUUAAAAUGGGCUAGUAUAUGUUGCUACUAAAACUAGUCAUUGAUUGAAUGGAAAGUUAUAUACCGUAUAUACUUGAGUAAAAGCCGACCCGAAUAUAAGCCGAGGCUUAAUUUUACCCCAAAAAACUGGGAAAACGUAUUGACUCGAGUAUAAGACUAGGGUGGGAAAUGCAGAAGCUACUGGUAAAUUUCUAAAUAAAAUUAGAUCCUAAAAAAAUUAUAUUAAUUGAAUAUUUAUUUACAGUGUGUGUAUAUGAUGAAUGCAGUGUGUGUGUAUGAUGAAUGCAGUGUGUGUGUAUGAUGAAUGCAGUGUGUGUGUAUGAUGAAUGCAGUGUGUGUGUAUGAAUGCAGUGUGUGUGUGUGUAUGAGUGCAGUGUGUGUGUGUAUGAGUGUGCAGUGUGUGUGUAUGAGUGUGCAGUGUGUGUGUAUGAGAGUGCAGUGUGUGUGUAUGAGUGCAGUGUGUGUGUGUGUGUGUGUAUGACUGCAGUGUGUGUGUGGGUGUGGGUGUGAGGCAGUGUGUGUUUGUGUUGCAGAGCCUUGGUGGGGGGUGGGCAUUUUUAUUAAAAAAAAUAAUAAUAAUAAUAAUAAUAAUAUUAUUUAAAUUUUUUGUUGUUAUAUUAUUAUUUUUUUAAAUUAUUUUAUUAUUAUUAAUAUAUUAUUAUAUUUAUUUAUUUUUCGUCCCCCCUCCCUACUUGAUACAUGGCAGGGAGGGGGGCUCUCCUUCCCUGGUGGUCCAGUGGCAUUGGCAGUUCAGUAGGGGCUGUUACUUACCUCUCCUGCAGCUCCUGUCAGCUCUCUCCUCCUCCGCGCCGGUCCGUGCAGCUCUUCUGUCAGCUCACACUGUAAGUCUCGCGAGAGCCGCACUAUGACCCUGCGGCUCUCGCGAGACUUACACUGGGAGCUGACCGAGGUGCUGACCGGACCGGCGCGGAGGAGCAAGUUGCUGACAGGAGCUGCAGGGGAGGUAAGUAACAGCUCUGCCAGCCCCCAGUCUGUAUUAUGGCAAUGUAAAUUGCCAUAAUACAGACAGUGACUCGAGUAUAAGCCGAGUUGGGGUUUUUCAGCACAAAAAAUGUGCUGAAAAACUCGGUUUAUACUCGAGUAUAUAUGGUAAAUACCAUCUAGGCUCACCCAAAAUGCCAUUGAUUUUUAUUAUUUAUGAAAUAUUAUACCAGGAAAGAUACAUUGAGAUUUCUCACGUUUUCAAGAAUGUCCUUCCUCCACAAAACAUUGCAUUGACACAAUAGGGUACAAUAAAAUACAAAAAAUAUUAAUACACAAUAUAAACAAAAUUUAACAUAGUAGGAAAUAUAGUGGAGUGAUUCGGGCGAAAACCCGAUUGAUCAGGGGUCAGAUAGUUAGAUUGUUGUAAUACUCACAUAGUUGCGUAUGGACGCAGAUUUUUGACAAUACUCGGAGCAUAUGAUAUUGGGCGAUGGUUAGAAACCAAAGUUGUGUCACCACUUUUCUCGAUAGGCACUACUUUUGCAGUCUUCCAAAGUUGGGUAUGUAUCCAGACACCAAGGAUUAAUUAGGGUUGCGACGGGUUUAGCAAUUGCCAGUGCACUGAACUUCAAAAGCAUUGCUGGGAUUUGACCAGGUCCAGACUGGUUUUUCAUUUUUAGAUUAUUAAGGUGUUUCUUAAUGACACUAAUAAGUACAGGUCUAAAAAUGAACUUGUCUAUAUUGGGUCUUUGCAAAUUUAGUGGGGCCUGAUCCACAUUUGUAGUUUCUGGAUGCAUGUCAUUUAUUAGUUUGGCAAUCGUGUAGUGGAGCAUCUGACGUUUGCUACAUCUAAGGGGAGUUGCAGGGUUUGGUUAUCCACUUUGACACUGUAGGGUUGGGAGUGGAUUGGGGGAGUUUGUAAUUUAUUUAUGACUUUCCAAAAGUUUAUUUUUCAGAUUUUCACAGAAAACCCCCUGUCAUCCAACAACAUUUUAGACUGAGCUAAACCACAUUUCGUAUCAACUAGUGGCACCAUCAAUUCAAUUUUGACUUUUCAUGCAACCAUUUUACCACCAACCUUUUGCCAAAUAAAAAAAAAAAAAAUAAAAAUGUUUUUUGUUUUUUUUGACACACAAGGCAAUUUAAGAAUACAUAUAUGGAGGUCCAGUGUGUCCCAGUACAUCACUAGCGUGAUAGACCCCAGCCACAACAUCUCCACUUCGAUCCACAAAGCACACUGCGUUUUUGCCACACACCCCGCAGAAUGCUAACUGCAUAGAAUGCAACUGAAAUGGUGGUAAGGGGUUAAUACAUAAGAGAAGGGAGUCACUCUAUAACAGAAAUUUACAAGGUUAUUUACUUAAGUGAUAAUUAAAAGUAAUUUUAAAGUUAUAGCCAAAUUAGAAAAAUGCUAUGCUUUCCGCUUGGCGACAUUACCAUAAAAUUUUUAAUUCUCACUUUGUAAAUAAGCCUGCUAAUAUAAAGGGAAUUAAAACUUUAAAGGGAAACUCCAGUGCCAGGAAAACAAUCUGUUUUCCAUGCACUGCAGGUCCCCUCUCCCUCCCACCCCCCAUCCCCGGUUGCUGAAGGGGUGAAAACCCCUUCAGGUCACUUACCUGAGACCCCGCCGAUGUCCCUCGGCGGUGGUUUCUGCUUGCCACCACUCCUCCCAGUCAUUACGGCGGCCGAGGAGACCUAAUGAGCAUGCGCGGCAAUGCCGCUCAUGCGCAUUAGAGCUCCCCAUAGGAAAGCAUUGAAAAUGUUUUUUCAAUGCUUUCCUAUGGGGAAUUGAGCAAAGCUGGAGGCCCUCACUCAGCAUGAGGACGUCCAGCGACGCUCUGGCACAGGUUUUCUGUGCUAUAGAGCAGGAAGUGCCCUCUAGUGGCUGUCUAGAGGUGGAGUUAACCCUGCAAAGUAAUUAUUGCAGUUUAUAAAAAAAACUGCAAUAAUUACACUUGCAGGGUUAAGGGUAGUGGGCAGAAGUGAUCUGGGUGCCUGGAGUGUCCCUUUAAGGGUUACUACCAAAGAACACCCCAAUAUGUGUUCAGCAACAUCUCCUGAGUGAUACACCCAAUAUAUAGGUGUGUCGGGUUCUCUGGGGGCUAAAAGACCUUAUCUGGAGGGUGCGCAUUCCAGUUUUCCAACCUGGAAUUUUCACAGAUGGUCAUCAUGCACCCAUGUCCUAUUUGGGAAAUUUUUGAAGCCGGCCAAUGUAAUUUACCCCAUCAAACCAUAUAUUUUUGAAAAGUAGGCACCCUAAGGUAUUUCAAAUGGUGGUAUUUUAUCACAUUCCAUGCACUAAUUCUACCACCAGUCUUUGUUAAUCUUUUGGAUAGUCAUUAUUUUUUUAUUUAUUUUUUUGUUAUUUUUCUCUCACAUACUUUAGGCAUGGAUUCUCAGUUCCUGUUAUGUGUUAAUGACAAAGAACACCCCAAUAUGUGUUGAGCAACAUCUCCAGAGUAAAACAGUGCCCCCAAUGUACAGGUUUUAUGGGUUUUUGCAAACGUACAGGAGUCAAAUGUAGGGCUUUCCCCUUUUCCAUGUUUGCACGUUGAAGUUUGCAAUAUUGGUUUGCUGGGCCUGUGUUGCCUUUGAGACCAUAUAGCAGCCCAGGAAUGAAAAUUAACAUUUUCACCAUAAAUAGUCAUUUAACUUCUCUACAUCAGAGAAAUGACCAGUGAGACUGCAGGGGGCAUGAUCUAAACACCCAAACCAGCAUACGUCUACAGUAGUUUUGGCCAUAAACUGAUCCUUUACGCUUCCUCUACAAAAUAGUGACUUUUUUUUUUCCAGUAUCCUUCAGCUAAAAAAUAUAUAUUUUUAAUUUCAGGGAUAUGGAAAAGCUGACCACUCCAUCACUGCUGAAAAAUUGAAGAAGGCAUAUAGCGGCUAUGAAGUGAUUUGGUCAGAUGACAAGAAAUGAAUGCCCAUCUCUGUGAUGCGUGAUGGAAUGCAAAAUGGUCUCUAUCUAACAUGGCCCUUCAAAUUACAUAUUCUUCAAUAAAGUUUAUUUGUAGAUGAAAGUCCCAAGUCUUGUUUGUACUCUAGCUAGAGGUAGGUCUUGUAGUUGAUUAAUCUUAUUUGUUUACUAUGUUUUCACAGUGUUUAAUGAAGGAGUCAGUGCCAUAUUUUCUCAAAAAGCCAGUAGGCUAUAUUAUCAAAAUGUAAUAAACUUUAUUUUUUUUUAAUUCAUAAUAUAAACAGAACCGCGGAGAACCAAUAAUAGGCUGUUCAAUCAGUCUCUUGUAGAAAAAGCAAUGUCACAAUGUUACAGUAGAUGGAGACAAAGUAUUAACAUUGUAAUUAUAUAACCAGAUGACUCCACAGGAAUUGAUACUGUGUGAGUUCCAACAAAUAUGGGGAAUAGAUUGUCUGCAUAUAAGCUUUGCAGGUGAGAAAAUCGGUAGGUUAAAGACAGGCAACAAAUCCAGGAAUCGCAGAGCAUAAGGGCUGUUCAGUAUACAAAGCCAAGUAGUCAGAAUCUUUUAUAUACAGGCAGAACUGAAGUGUCUAAUCCUUUGGAAGAUGGCGAGUGAGCAUUCCUUACCAGCAACAGAAGGUAUUGGAGAGAUUUGUGAUCAAAAUGUAAACCAGGUAAGCCUGUGGUGAAGCAGUUAGUACAGCAAUAACACACUGGAAAUAUGGCUUUGACACUGUGCACAAUAAGAGUGUGUUCGAUGCACUGACAGAUAAUUGAAAUAUUUCGCGUAAAUAUCAGUGCUCUGGCGUCCUGACUAAAAAGUUUGAGGUUUUUAAAGUGAUAGGAACAACUCAAUUUCACUACACCAGCUUUGCUUUUUAAUUUAUGGGUCCAAGUGAUUAUACUCUCUGACAACAUGUACGCAUACUCUGUCAUCAAUAAGAGCAUGGUAAUGUGGGACCCACUGCAGUUAAAUAAUGAAUUGAGUAUUAACUAGGAAGGGGAUAGCAUACCCACCUCUACUUUCUGACAUCCACGUGUUGGUGGAUAACUGCAACACCUGUUACUGUAAAUAUGAAAAAUAUAAUGUAUGUGUAUUAAUAAAAGCACCUUAAACCCUAUCACAUGCAGCAUCCAUCUAGGUGAGAACAUCACGUAUAGCACCCAUUUUUUGCUGCCCUGCUCUUGGCCAAAAUAGUUAAUCAGGAGUGCACCUACUUAUGUAAUUUACAAACAUAAAUGUUAUUUGUUCAUGUGUUAAUAAACAUUGUCUAUGUACAUGUGGAGCUGUGAGUUUAUAAUCAAUUUCAACAACCUAGAAUAGUAUGGAACAAAAAGCACACCUUCACAAAUUCCCACAAUACAUACAAUAGCAAAAAUUUACAAAAACAUCCAAAUUAGGUGGUUAUUAAACACAGUAGAACUAUAUAUUUAAAUUUAGUUACCACAAGACCAAUCUGACCAUGUGUUAGUCCAGAUUGCAACCUUUAAAUAAAUUCCUAGGGUGUGCAAUUCUUUCAUUAUUUCCAUUGUCUGACUGGGUAUUUUCUAAGGUUCCAAGAGGGUCCACAUCCAAACGCUCAAUGUUCACUAACGGUUCAGGAUAUCAGCAUUCCCCAAUUCGUUUCAAUUUGAGAUAUUAAGAAAUAUUGGACAAUUGAUGUGGUUUUAGGCCUGAUAUGAAAACCACUGCUAAACAAACUCACACAUUCUAUAUAUUCUAAUUUAGUUACCACAAAACCAAUCUGACCAUGUGUUGCCCUGAGAUAAUGUGUUAUAAAUGUGUGUGUUUGAUUAGCACUGAUAUAUAUGUGACCUUGAUUAGCACUGGUUUCUUUCUCAGUCCUCAAACCAUAAAUGUCCAAACCUUCUUAGUAUCUCAAAUAGAACAGAAUUGGGGAGUGCUGAAAUUCAUGAACAUUGGUGUACCUUGAAAGUCUGGAAAGAGACCCACUUAGAGCCCUAAGAAAAUAUGCAUUCAGACAUUAGAAAUAAUGACAGGAUUGCACAGCCCGGCAAUCUGAACGAAUGGCACGAUCUGGGAAAGUGGUAGGAGGACAGAUGACAAUGUACCCUUGUAACUGCGGCUGGUUCCCUUAUUUACCACUAUAACAUCUUAAAGCAUAGAACUUAGCAGGGUUAACCAUACAGAUAUCUUAGCCACAUAUUAUAUAGUUAGUAAGUAGAGUUGAGUGAACCCGAACCGCAAAGUUCGUGUUCGUACCGAACAUUACUGUUUUUGGACCCCGGACCCGAACACGGACAUUUCAGUGUAUGUUCGUGUUCGGUGUUCAGCGAUUUAAUGGCGCGUUUUGAAAGGCUGCAGGGCAGCCAAUCAACAAGCAUUUGACUUGUUUGCCCUUAGAAGCCAUCACAGCCAUGCCUACUAAUGGCAUGGCUGUGAUUGGUCAGUGCAGCAUGUGACCCAGCCUCUAUAUAAGCUGGAGUCACGUAGCGCCUCACGUCACAUGAGCUCUUAUUAGUGUAGGGAGAGGAUGCUGCAGCUGUGAGGGACAGCUUAGGAAAGAAUUCUGGUGUUGAAUCUGCAAACUCCAGUGAUUAUUCAAACUCCAGUGAUUAUUUUAGUGGGUGCUAUACUACAUUUUUGUACCCUGCCCUGAGCCCAGUGCCACAGAGAGUGCAGUGCACUUGCAACUGCAUGUGCGCCAGGCACAUGACUUUAAUCCUGUUCUGGUAGCUCAAUGAGCAACAUCUAGGCAUUUUUUAAAUACUGCAAUUUUUUUGCUGCUAAAUAGUACAUUUGCGUCCUGCGGUGCACUUCAUAUCUGAGAGUCAAAUAGAACCGUCAAACACUGUGCUUACAGCGCACUUUUAAAAAUUCUAAUUGUUUUGGGUGCUAAAUAGUACAUUUGCGUCCUGCGGUGCACUUCAUAUCUGAGAGUCAAAUAGAUCCGUCAAACGCUGUGCUUACAGCGCACUUUUAAAAAUUCAAAUUAUUUUGGGUGCUAAAUAGUACAUUUGCGGCCUGCGGUGCACUUCAUAUCUAAGAGUCAAAUAGAACCGUCAAAUACUGUGCUUACAUCGCAGUUUGACCCAUUCAAAUUUUGGGGGUGAUAAAAAGUAAAUUUGGGGUGUGCACUUCAUAUAUGAGAGUCAAAUAGAACCAUCAAAUACUGUGGUUACAGUGCAGUUUGACCAAUUCAAAUUUUUUUGGGUGCUAAAUAGUACAUUUGCGGCCUGCACUUCAUAUCUGACAGUCAAAUAGAACCGUAAAAUACAAAUAUAACAAUAUUGUAAUUCGGGGGCAAUACCCUCACAAGUCAAACUGAGAGGUCAGUUUAUAGGGAAAACUUUUGCCUGGAUGCAGAACGGCAAGGAGGGCAGGGUUGAGGAGUGGGUGGAAGAUGAUGUGGAGGAUGAUGAGGUCCUAGACCCCACAUGGAAUCAAGGUCAUGCGAGUGACGUGUGCAGUUUGGAGGAAGAGGCGGUGGUCGCACAGAGGCACCAGCACAGCAUAAGAGGGAGCAGGGUGCAAAAGCGGAGUGGCCGUCCCCUAGCGCUCGUCGGCAUGUAUUAGCUCGGGAAUUACCACAUUUAUCCAAGUAACAGAUGGAGCGAUCAAAGUUCCAUAAGAGUUGAGCGAACCCGAACUGCAAAGUUCAGGUACGUACCAGAUUUAAUGAGCCAUUCAAAGUUUUACAACAGUCCGGUGACCGGGACCCAGACACUGUCUGGACGGCGGUCGGACUACCGGGACCCAGUAUGCCUGAUGUUGAAGUUAGGAGUCACAGUGUGGAAUGGAUUAGCAGGAUCUGGUGCAGGGUAACCGCACACCCCCUGCUAUUGAGCACCAGCGUUUGUACGGCCACAUACCAGGAUCCUGAUGCAGCUUCAGUAAAAAAAGCAUUGGAUACCAGAAGCCAUCACCAGACUGAUCCACAACUUGGAACAGGAUGUGACAUUCACUGUAGCGCCUGUGCACGCUUUUGACAUUCUCAUCCUGCUGCUGCUCGCCUGUCUGUGCUGCAGCGUAACUUUGGCCUUCCCGCUCACCGCCUCAUAUGCGACGUGCCCACAAGGUGGAACUCCACCUUGCACAUGCUGGAGAGACUGUGCGAGCAGCAGCAGGCGAUAGUGGGGUUUCAGCUGCAGCACGCACGGGUCAGUCACUCUGUGGAACAGCACCACUUCACCACCAAUGAGUGGGCCUCCAUGCGAAACCUGUGUGCCAUGUUGCGCUGUGUGCCAUGUUGCGGGUUCCUGCACCAGCAUAGACCAGGUACACAAUUGUCCAGCAUCUCCAUGGAAACGUUCAGCUGUCCAUCUCCCAAACACUGGAGAGAAAGAGGGAGUGCCACCUGCGAUCCCUGGCCCUUAAUGCCAGCAUUUCAAAAUUUGUGGCCUUUGAAAUGCUGUCAUUCCGUCUGGUGGCGACGGACAGCUUUUAAAACCUGAUGGCGUUAUUGGACUGCAAGAAAUGCACUGCAGGCCGCAAAUGUUUCUUUUUUUAUAUGUCCCAAUAUUUUGGGGGCUACCCCAAUUAAAAACAAACAAACAAAUAAAAAACAGUGUUGGCUACCUCCUCCACCGACACGGUCACCGCCUCUUCAACCUAUGGGUCACUUAGUAUAAACUAUGUACACAAUAGCAAAGGCUUGUGAAGACCUUUUCUCCAUGCAUCAAGAGUUGAGCAUUUCUCCAUGCAUCAGGACUGCAAGAAAUGCACCGCAAGCCGCAGAUUUUUCUUUUUUUAUAUGUACCAAUAUUUUGGGAGCUACCCCAAUAAAAAUAAAAACAAAAAAAACUGUGUUGGCUCCCUCCUCCACCGCCGCUUCCACCUACACUGCCACAGUCACCACCUCCUCAACCUAUGGGUCACUUAGUAUAAACUAUGUACACAAUAGCAGAGGCUUGUGAAGGCAUUUUCUCCAUGCAUCAGGAGUUGAGCUCAGUUUGAACAAUGAUAGAGAAUACAAGACAAACAGUACAAAAUUGUGGCUAUUUAGCGCUGAUUUUUUUCUGUUUUUUCUAAUGAAAGAGAAUACCCUGCACUCCAACCCUCUGUCAAAUGGAUAAUUCUGGUGAUCCUCCUGACAGCCAUGCUUUAGAUUUUGAUUUAUGUUCUUCCAAAGCUAAAAUCAAAGAUUCCAUCUAGUGCUAUUUUAUGGCUCAGUUGUAUUUUUAAUUUUUAUGUUAUUUUAAGUGAUUUCCCUAUCCACAUUUGUUUGCAGGGUACGUAUCUUACUCUUAACCCCACUUUACUUCCUUUUGCAGCCCUCUAGCAAUUUCCAGGACUUUUUAGAGGCAUGUUAGUGCCCAAACAUCCGGUUCCCUAUUGAUUUCUAUGGAGUUUGGGUUCGAGGUCAAGUUCGAUCCCGAUCCUGGAUUUUUUUUCCAAGUUCGGUCGAACCCGAACAUCCAGGUGUCCGCUCAACUCUAUUAGUAAGAGAUCCUCUAUUUAAAAUAUAUAAAUAAUUGAGAAUACAAUAUAAAAUAAAGAUUGUCUUGGAAGCAAUAAAGUUUUGUAAAAAUAUAAAUAUAGACAUAUAUUAUUAUGAUAUUUAUAGAGCACCGGCAAAUUCCGCAGCGCUUUACAAUGGGUGGACGAACAGACAUGUAGUUGUAACCAGACAAGUUGGACACACAGGAACAGAGGGGUUGAGGGCCCUGCUCAAUGAGCUUACAUGCUAGAGAGAGUGGGGUAAAAUGACACAAAAAGGUAAGGAUAGUAUUAGACUAGUGACAGUUGCAGAAGAGGAAUCAGUCAGGAGCUAUUAACAGUUUAAUUGAUACGCUUUUAUGAAGAAGUGGGUUUUUAAUGAUUUUUUGAAGGAGUGGAGACUGGGUGAGCAUCUAACGGAGGAGGGAAGUGAGUUCCACAUGAACGGUGCAGCCCUUGAGAAAUCUUGAAGGCGCGCAUCAGAGGUGGGAGUACGGGCAGAAGAUAGAC